AUGGAUAAAUAUGGAUUUCUUUAUGUUAACGAUUGGAAGAACAAUGAAGUGAGACGAUGGAAAUUGGGUGAAUACAACAAUGAAGGAGUUGUAGUGGCGGGUGGAAAUGGACAAGGAAACCAACUUAAUCAACUUAAUUAUCCUACUUUCAUCUUUGUUGAUGGAGAUCAAACUGUUUAUGUAUCAGAUCAAAAGAAUCAUCGUGUGAUAAAAUGGAGAAAAGGUGCAAAAGAAGGAACAGUUGUGGCUGGAGGAAAUGGUAAAGGAAGAAUUCUUAAUCAAUUGUGUUCACCUCAAGGAAUAUUUGUUGAUGAUUUGGGUCAAAUUUAUGUGGCAGAUAGUGGGAAUCAUCGAGUGAUACGUUGGUGUGAAGAAGAAGAAGAAGGUGAAAUUGUUGUUGGUGGAAAUGGUCAAGGAAAUCAAUUGAAUAGUCCCAUGGGUUUAUGUUUUGACGAUGACAGAAAUCUUUAUGUUGCUAAUUAUUCGAAUGAACGAAUUACAAAAUAUGAAAUAAUUUUGUGA